GUUUUUUUUCAUGUCUUUUGGCAUUAUAGGCUGCCUCCGAGAAAUGAACGAAGAAAGCGAGAAUGAAACUGACAGUGACGUCAGUGUAAGACAAAUCUACAUUGGUGGUCACCAGACACCGGACACGCGUUCCAAAGAAAGCCCUGCUUAUGGCGGACUGUCAUUACACAGCACGCAGGAGGUCACGCGCGAUCCACGACGCGCUGUGCGUACAUCUGCCGGAGGAGGCGACAGAGAAUGUCCUGCUCCGAUAGUUUACCCGCCGACGAUUCUGCAGGUCCCACGCUCCACUUUCGACAUAGGGUGGCACUUUUCUUGUGCUGAAGCAACGUCAAUAACCGCUGAUGGGGAUGUUGAGUGCGAUGGUCACAGGCAGGAGUACAGUCCGGUUGGAUCGCCUGGCUUCGAGCAAAAGAUGGAGCAACUUGUGCCAUGCUGCGCUACCUAUCAGAACGCAGGCAAAAGGAAGACCCGCCGCACCAGCUCAAAGUACACCGAGUUCAUCAGCUACGACAAGCGCUUUGAAUCAUUCGAGAAGGACUGGCCGCGUGGUCUUCCAAGUCCGAAGAAGAUGGCCAAAGCCGGGUUUUUCUUUGAAGGUAUCCGUGUUGUUAAGAACGUGACCUUCAUCGACAUGGUCACGUGCUACCAAUGUGGUAAGACCAUCCAUGCAUGGAAAGGCACUGACGAUCCGGUGGAGGAGCACCGGCGAAUUUACCCGACAAAGCACUGCGUCGACCAUCUAUCGUAGGCGCUGUUGAAGAACGAAAAAACAAAACCAGUUGAUUGAAAAUACACUUUAAAGUGUGUUUUAAUCCUGUAGUAUUUUCUUCCAUCAAUAGAAUUUUUCUUCAAUUGAAAAGCGUACUAAAAGUGCGGUAUUUUUAUAUUUGACCAGCUUUCAGUUUUAAUCGAAGGUUUACUAAAAUGCCACUUGACUGAAACACCCAAUAAACAGCAAUGGCAAAUGUAUGACCGAAGGCCUAUUAUCGCGCGAUGCGGUUUUUUUUUCGUUUAAAGGGGAUUGUUGCACUUAAAAUAUUCAUGUAUUCAAACUGUACGAAUUAACUGUAUGCAUGUUAUCUUAAAAAAAUAUGUUCUCAA